UUUGUCUAUGAUAAUCCAAUGUGGCCGCCCAUCACCAUCAGCAAGCGUCAAGUGAUGGCGUUUUGUGAUAGACUUUUGUAAAUAAAUUAAAGUGAAAAAAUUACAAACUGUGCAUUUUCUAACUUAAAAUUAAUAUGAGUAGAUAUUACGAUUAUGGUAAUGCAAUAUCAUGUUGAGUUGAGACAAUCCUUCGUCCACAAUGGUUAAAACACGUUCUUCAGCGAGGGUAGUCAAUUCUGCCCAGGGUGAGCCCGCUGCAAAUGGAGGUUCCUCCGAACUUAGAUCGCGGCUUAAGCAGUAUAACGGAAACAAUAAUACACAAAAGUCCAGCUACCCUAGGAACGGUCAGGGGCUGCAGUCGAGCAGCGGGUCGCAGGGCAAGGAUCCGCUCGCGCCCGCACUACCCGGUUCCCGCAAUAUGUACCAGCACCCAGCCGUCACGGGUUACAACCCGCAGGACAGGAACCAAUCUAUGCCAGUAACGGCUCGACAGAACGCGAUGUACAGCGGCAUCUACCACGGAUACGGCGCUGGCGGAGGGGCGACACUAGCGCCCCUACCGUCGCCCUCGCCGACUACGCCACUGCCGCCCUUCCCUGUGCAUCCGGAUGUGAAGUUCAAAAAGUUGCCCUUCUACGAUGUGUUGGCUGAGCUGAUGAAACCCUCAACGAUGAUGCCGAUGCAGGCGACCAGAAUGCAGGAGGGGACCUUCAUAUUCCACCUCACACCGCAGCAGGCCACAGAGAUUGCGUCCGGCAAGGAUGUCGUAGGAACCACAAAUAAAUUAGAUUAUGUUAUACAGGCACAACUAAGAUUCUGCCUGUUGGAAACGUCUUGUGAGCAAGAGGACUACUUUCCCCCGAGUGUUAACGUCAAAGUAAACAACAAAAUGUGUCCACUACCUAACCCAAUCCCAACAAACAAGCCAACUCCCGAACCAAAGCGUCCACCGCGACCUGUGAACAUUUCAUCCCUCGUGAAGUUGUCACCGACUGUAGCCAACACAAUCCAUGUCACAUGGGCUUCGGACUUCACCAGAGCUUAUGUACUGUCAGUGUUUAUGGUCAGAAAGCUAACAUCGACAGAACUGCUGCAGCGGCUAAAAAAUAAAGGCACCAAGAAUCCUGAUUACACACGGUCACUAAUCAAAGAGAAGCUCUCCGAGGACUACGACAGCGAGAUAGCGACCACCUCUCUCCGGGUCUCCCUCAUGUGUCCGCUGGGCAAGAUGCGCAUGUCCUGCCCGUGUCGGCCGGCCGCCUGCCCGCACCUGCAGUGUUUCGACGCGUCUCUGUUCCUGCAGAUGAACGAGCGGAAACCGACGUGGGUGUGUCCGGUUUGCGACCGCCCCGCCCCGUAUGACUCGCUGGUGGUUGACGGGUAUUUCCAAGAGGUCCUAACAUCUCCGCGGUUAGCGAGCGAGUGCAACGAGAUUCAACUCCACGCCGACGGCAGCUGGUCCGCGCACGCGCCGCCGCCGCGCGCGCCGCCCCCGCAGCCCGCUGCCACCGCGGAGCCCGUCACGCUGAUAGCCGAUGACCUAGAAGUGAUACCGGUGGACAACGGCGGCGGUGCGAAGAGAGCGGCGGUCGGCGAGAGCAGGACGGCUAAAGUGGUGGAUGUACUCGUGGACCUCACCUCCGACUCCGAGGAUGAACUGCCCCUGAAGAGGAAGGUGCCGCAGACCAGCCCCGCGCCCGCGCCUAGUGAAGAAUACAGUAAUUCUACGGCUAGUGCAGCAGAAGCGGUGUCGUCUAGCGGGUACCGGUCGCCGGGCGCGAGCGGCGGCGCGGUCAUCUCUCUCGACAGCCCCUCACCCCCCGCGCCGACUACACCGCCCGCGCCCUCCGCGGAAACGCAGCCCGAUUGCACCAGCAACAACACUGAGCGCGAGGAGGAGGGGUCGACGCAUUGGGCGCCGUACGCCGACGCGGAACGUGACAACCACGACUCUUAUAGGAGAUACUGACUGAGGGAGAAGAGUGGUCGUCCGUCGUACGCGAGCGGCCAUUCUUCUGAGGAGGAACAGGAGGUUACCUACCCCGAGGUACCCGUGCUGCAGUCCUAAAUGUCCUGAAGUGCCGCGGUCUUGGAGCCCCGCGGUGUGAAAGUGCUGCGGUCCUUAAAUGCCGUGGUCUUUAGAGUAUAUACCUAAAUGUCCUUAAGUGCCACGGUCUUAGAGCCUCGGUUUGAAAGUGUUGCGGUCCUAAAAGCCCGCGGCCUUAGAGGCCUGCGCUUUGAAUGCAGCACUUCAGGUCGUAGAUCGCCGUCCAAAACAUCUGCGGUUCUUAAUUGCGGUCUUUAAGUGCCGUGGUCUUUAGAAAGCAGCGGUCUUAGAGCCCUGCACUCUCA